AUGGGCGGCUUUCAGAUCAAGGAAAGCAUAUUCAAGUCAGGCUACUACCGUUGGGGGUUCGUCAUCUCGGGCACCCACGACGACUCUCUCUGGAACGAGCUCAUCUGCCUCAAGUCGGGGCAGAAUGGGAACAUGGGCUCUCUGAAUACUUUUGAGCGCCACCUGUGA